CUUAUUAAAACCCUGCUUGUGCAAAUGUUUGUCUUUUGUAAAUUUUCUUCUUGAAAUGCAAGUGUGUAGUAAGUGGCAGCUGUGUUGCAAGACUGUGUUUAGCUGUGAGAAGAGAGGAGGGGGCACCCCAAUGGAUUCCUGUUUCCUUUCCAGUCUGGCCUGACCCCAAGGCACUGGAGGGGAGGUUUCUGCAGAAGGGUGUCAGCAGAUUACUAACAACUUCUUUCCACAUCAGGAAAUGGUUUGACCCAGGCUGUUUGUUCCAAACUGGCUCUUUUUUGCAGGCUGCAGAUUCUGUAUCUGGUGGUGUCUUAGUGGAGUUUCUCUCUCUCAUUCUCUAUCAUCCAGAUUGUUAAUGGAAUUGAAACGCUUUCUGAGUCGGAGGAAUUCAGCAGUGUGACAAGCAAGGAAUGGCUCAUCAUUCCAAAUCUCCGUUAAGACGCUCCUUCAGUGAACAUAUUAAAGAUUCGACCAACAAAGCAUGGAAUAUAAUCUGGAAAAAUACAAGAGAGAAAAGACUUUCAGAAAUUGAAGCAAAGGAUGCUUGUGACUGGUUGAAAGCUGCUGGAUUUCCACAGUACUCCCAGCUAUUUGAAGCCUCCCAGUUUCCUAUUGAUAUUGAAGUUGUGAAAAAUGAUCAUGAGUUUUUAGACAGGGAUGCCACAGAGUCUUUGUGCAGACGAUUGAAAACGCUGAACAAAUGUGCAAUGAUGAAAUUGGAAAUUGGUAGAGAGGGAAGAAAGAGUGAUGAUUCUGAAGAUGAAGAUCCUUGUGCCAUCAGUAACAAAUGGACUUUUCAAAGGCACAGCAAGCAGUGGUCUCGUGUGGAGACAUUAGAGCUUUUCCACCCGGAAAAUCUUUGCUUACCCAGUAGCCCAUGUUUGAAGAGUGUUGACUGUGAUGAUAUCUUCCCAGAGCUGGAAGAGAAGCAGGAAGUCUCAUCAGUUCACAGCAGCAGUAGCAGCAGUGCAGGCAGUGAUAGUAUCAGCUUGCCGAAAGGCUCUGAAGCACACGUUACAGACUUUGAGACUAGUCGAAGUUCCUCAAGAUGUUCCUCAAUUAAGUUGCCGUCUGCAGACUCUUCCUUCAGUGGCCCACCAUCUCCAAAUGAGCUGUCCAGUUUUGGUACUGAUGAAAAGGUCACUCAAAAGUUCUCAAAGACCAGGGGAAAGGGUUUGUUAAAGAAAAUGGAAAAGCUUCGAUUAAGAAGUUCUAGUCAGAAAAGGAACAAUCAACAAAAAUGUAGGCCAUUUAUCAGUGUGCCUGUACUUCAAGAGGGAUUUGACGAAGAAAAAAUGAGAAAUCUCAACUGUGUUGACAUUGCUGAACUUGAUGAGCCCUUUCUUAGACAGAACCCAUCAUACUCCUUCCAAACCUGCAGUAGUAGCAGUCAAUCAGAGAACAGUAGUACAGUAAGCACACCAAGCCCUGUCCUUCGAACUCGGAGCCAAGCCUUCAGUAGAAAUCGAGAUGGAAUGUAUAUGGAAAAUUUUGAUUCAGCACCACCAUCCUGCAGGAGUGUUAGCCAACAGAACUUUAUAAAUGAGAAGGGUCAACAUGACCAUCUUCUUUUUCAGAUUCCGCAAAGCCAUAAACCAGGAACGUUUCCUAAAGCACUUCAGCAUGGUAUUGUUUCACCAAUAGACACUUCAGUAAACUGGAGAACUGGCAGUUUCCAUGGUUAUCGUCGAAGUAGGUUUGGCAGGGACAGUCGAGUGAGCAGUUCAAAGGAGAUUGAUUGUAGACAUGACUCCCAUGACUUGUUAGACAAUCGAGUAAGUAUUUAUGAUAAUAUCCCAGGGGAGCUUGUUCACCUGAACAAUGGAGAGGCAGCAGAUGCAGCUGACGAUGAAGUGUUUGCGGAGCUGGAUGAUGUCAUGGAGCAUGUGAAUGGCCUUCAAAGAUUCGUGAACAAGUGGUCAGAAAAGUUCUCUGAUGAAGGAGAAUCUGAUUCUGCAAAUGACUCAACAUCUCCUUAUCCAUCCUCUCCAAAGGACAUCCAUCUGGAGAUAGAGAAACAUCUUGGGUGUGUUAAUGAGGAAACACAAGCUAGUAACUUGGACAUUACUGAAAAGUCUGCCAAUGAAUCGGACCCAUCCGUCGUGCAUUACAAGAGGGACUCAGGAGUUGGCUCAUCUUUGACACACAGUAACAGGCGACAGAGGUUACACUGGCAGGGUGAACUGAACUUGGAUCCUCAGCAUUUACACCUCCAGAUUGAUGGCCAGUCUGCUGCUCAGCUCAACCUCUUACAGAAAUUGGCUCUCCUGAAGCUCACAACCCUGAUGGACAAAUAUUCACCCUCCAGCAAGCAAGGCUGGAACUGGACAGUUCCAAAGUUUAUCAGGAAGAUGAAAGCACCUGAUUACAAAGACCAUGUAGUGUUUGGUGUUCCAUUGUUGCUAAACAUGCAGCGUACAGGGCAUCCAUUACCAAAGGGUAUUCUGCAGGCCAUGCGUUUUCUCAGGAGCCAUUGUCUUGAUCAGGUUGGGUUAUUCAGAAAAUCUGGAGUAAAGUCAAGGAUCCAGGCACUACGAGAAAUGAAUGAGAGCUGUCCUGAUGGAGUCAGCUAUGAAGGCCAGUCUGCAUUCGAUGUAGCAGACAUGGUAAAACAGUAUUUCCGGGAUCUACCUGAACCCUUGUUGACCACCAAGCUGUGCGAGUCAUUUCUCCAUAUUUAUCAGUUUCUUCCAAUAGACCAACAACUUCCAGCUGUGCAGGCAGCCAUUCUGCUUCUUCCAGAUGAAAAUCGCGAAGCUCUGCAGACUCUUCUCUUCUUUCUCUGUGAUGUUGUGGCUUGUGUCAAUGAGAACCAAAUGACACCUACAAACCUUGCAGUCUGCCUGGCUCCAUCCCUCUUCCACCUCAACACCCUGAGAAGGGAAAGCACUACCUCAAGGGUGAGCCAGAGGAAGUACAGUCUCGGGAAGCCUGACCAGAGAGAUCUGAGUGAAAAUCUUGCUGCCACACAGGGGUUGUCCCACAUGAUUACAGAGUGUACAAAUCUCUUCCUGGUUCCUGAGCAAUGGGUAGAGCAGUGCCAGAGCUUGUCCAUUGGCCAGGAUUUCCAGUCUGACUUUGAGGAUGGUCCAAACCGCUCUGCCUGGUAUUUGAAUGUGAAGGCUGCUCUGCAGGGCUCUUUGCACAACUUGCUGAAGGAGGCGAAGGAGAAAUUUAAAGGUUGGGUCAGCUGCUGCAGUGUAGAACAUGUGGAAAUCGCAUUCAAAAAAGUUGAUGAUAAUCAUCCGUUGCGGUCAUGGAAAGUAUCUACUGAAGUGGACAAGACACCAGAGGAGAUUCUAAAACAUUUGCUUAGAGAGCAUCAUCUCUGGGAGAAAGACCUCCUUCAGUCAAAGGUCAUCGAGAAUCUGGAUGACGAGACUGAGAUAUAUCAUCAUACCAUCAGUAGUGCAUUCCCACAUCCAGCCAGAGAUUACACUGUAUUGAGGACCUGGCAGACAGACACUCAAACAGGAAUGUGUCUAUUAGCUGCCACUAGCGUGGAUGUUAAAGAAGCUCCUUUGCUAGGAGUCCGAGCAAAUGUGAUCACAUCCCAACAUCUCAUCGAACCAAUUGGAGCAACAAAAUCCAAGCUCUCUCAUGUCUGUCGAAUAGAUACAAGAGGACGAACCCCAGAAUGGUACAACAAAGUAUUUGGCCAUUGCUGUGCUGCUGAACUCCUCAAGAUUAGAGACUCCUUCGCAGUACCUGAUGCUGAAUUACGGGAAACACAAAUUUGAAACAAUCAUGCUGUUCAAUAAGUGUUUUGAUCAACCCAACAAUACUGUGUAAGUGCCAUUCAUCUGCAACUGGCAUAUCAAACCAGCAACUGCAAUGGUAAUGGCAGAUGAAACUGGGGACAUUUGGAAAGCGCAAACACCCAAAGCAAACUCCCUCAGCUCCUGAUUUCAUGGGGGUGGGAGGGUAAAUGUGUUGGGGAUGGGGAAAGUGGGCUUUAAAAACAUACUAACGCACAUGACUAAUAAUGGGAGUUUAUAGGUCAUAAAUGUUUUGCUAUUGAAAUUGUUGUAGUUUGGUCAAAUAAGUUCUGCAUCCUCAUCGUAAGUAUUUCUUCAGUACCUUUUUGACAUGUAAGCAUCAUUUCGGCUUCUACAAAGGAGGCUGUAGACUGGCUGGGAACAACAUCCAUAGCAAGCUCUCAACUUUCAAACAACAAGUAUAACAAGCCGCUGGCUAGUUGCUGUGCGUGACAUCGCAUGUCAACAUGCAAGUACUGGGUUCAUCAACACCUCACUAAGAGGAAACUGAGAUGUCUGUAAUGGCAGAGGCCUGUGAAAACACUUAUCUUCCACUCCUAGAAAGAUUUUUCAACUAAUUUCACAUUUUAGGAUUGCUGGUUUCUUAACCAAUCUUUGUCAAGGUUACUUAUAAUAAAUUCUCUUUAAAACUCUGGUACUGUAGGUCAACAAAACACCAAAAAGCAAAGGCUCUCUGUCUCUACUUGAAAAAUAAUAAUCUAAUUAUGUGCCUCUUCAACAGAAAAUAUCCACUGUACCUGUGUGGUCACCUGAUUGUCAUAAUGCUAUUGUAACUGGUUUAUGAUACAAAUCCUUCUUUCAUUCUGUAUAAAUAGAGGGGAUGACAGUGAGUGCAGUCAAAUAAUCAUGACCACUCACUUUAUUUUUGCCAUUUUAUUUUAACUGAUGUUAGGUGUGCUAUGAGUUCAUAGCCCAAUGUAUUAACUUCAAAAUAUUUUACUAUCUCCAUUGGCUGCUUAAUUUCUAUUGUCAAUAAAAUCUGCAUAUGACUGGUUUUAAACAAAAAAGGAAAAAAAUUCUAGAAAAUACGGAGUACUUCGGGCAGUACCUGUUGAGGGAUGACUGGGCUGCUUUUUUUUUCAGUGGACUGAAGGCCUUUUUCUAUCUCCCUUCCUGCCCCACCCCGCAACCCCAUCCCCAAACACACCUCCUAGCCCUUCAUGUGAUUGGCUGGCAGCUGUGUGCAGCAGGACUUUCUCUUACCUAAGAAGUGGUAAACUCUCCUCAAAGCCUUUAAAACUAGUCCAGAAAUGACUUUAGGGCAGUAAUCUAUACCAUAGGUGGUCUGCCUCUUCAACAUGUUAGCCAGGGUGGUGGGAGCCACAUUUCCCCAACAUUGAUGUUUCAGGUCUUGACCUUUUCUUUGACCAUCUGAAACAUUAAGUCUGUUUAUCUCCCAUUGCUAUCAAACCUGAAUUGCCAGCAUUUGCAAUAUUCUACCUUUUGUAGUGCAACUCUGGCACUUCUCCCCAACUCCUGAGACUGUCACCCUCCUCGUAGCAAUGUCUUGGCAAACUGCAUCAAAAACAAUGGCCAACAUGACCAGAAGCUUUCUUAAUUGUAUAAAACUUUACAGAUGAAAAGGAACUACCUGACAAGUUGACAACUGAAUUUAAAAAGUGAAGAUUUUAAUUUGUGGUGUGAAAGUUGACCCAAACCAAAAUGAGAAUUGUAUUAUUUCACAGAACAUUUGAUUUACUUUUACUGAAACAAAGUUUUCUACAUGGUUGUUUUAAGUUUCUAUACUGUAUGGCCUUUGGCAGAUUUUAGGCUCUCUCUUGUCACUAAAGACAGAGCACAAGAGUGAGUGAGAAGAUAGAAGGUCUUUCUUCCACUUAAACCAUACUGCGUAAUUGAAGAAUUUGGAACUUGUGCUACAUUGGUUCAAGCAAACUACCACCAGUUUCUGCAUCAAAGAAACUAAUUUUUUUUUUAAAAAUUUGGCCUGGUUCUUCAUAUUGCUGGUGUUUACUAUUCAGAUUGCACAGGGCACAUCUCAGUAUAACUGUAACAACUGGAGUGCCCAUUUUACCAAGUUAAAAUUAACCCCUUGUUCACUGCUUUAGUUUUUAAGAAUAAACAGACAAGAGUAAUGAUGUACACCUUGAAGUAAUAGGGCCAGUCACCUAUACAAAUGGUGAUUGGCAGAGAAAGACUGGAAAGAACAAUGAUGCUGAAUGUCAAAUAGGGCCAAUUAUAAACUAAACAAAUCUCCUGUACCAGUACUGAUUCCAUUCCUAUUCCUUGCAACAAGUAUAACAAUUCUAUAUCUUUUGGUAUCAUUUAUUAAAGAUAAUACUCCAAAUGGUAACUUCAAGGAUACCUGAGCUGUUGAUCACUUUUUCAGUUGGUAUAAGACCUGUCUUUCAACAUGCUGGAUUUUUUUAAAGUUGCAGUUAUUUAUGUUGUGUAACAUUUGAUUUUUAUUAAUAAUGUCAAGAUUAAGAAAUCAAAUUACAUUUUUAUCUAUUUAUGUACAUCAAUACAUUUUGUACUUUCAUUAUGUAAAUAUAUUUCCUGCAUCAUAAAUUCAGUCCAUCUGCUUAUUAAAUAUGCAAUGAUGAAAGCAACUGUCAAUAUCUCAGCUCCCUUUUGUCUUGUCCGUCAGAGUAAGAUUACAUGCAGAAACACCAUGUUUCCCCUCCUGUGCAAUUUCUUUGCCUUAUUCAAGGUGUGAACAGGGCAAAAGAAACAUGUUGUGCAAUACAUCAUUAAGAAG